AUAAUAUUAUUUUUCUUCUAAGAAAAUUUUAAAUCGUACCAUUAAUCAAAAUUUAAAUGGUAACAAAUUCUGCAUACAUUCGUUUUUUGUUUUGGAAAUUAAGUAACAGAUAGAGAUGUCCAGUGAGGCCGAUCCUCUGUACAAUCGUGUGACGGAGCGGGUGGCGAUGGCUGCCGAGCUGUUGGCGGUCCUGGAGGACUCCGACCGGUACUGGAGCAGCCAGGUGAGGGUCCUGGAGGAACAGUUGGCCCUGAGUCUGGGACUCACCAAGCCGGCCUUUGACACACUCUACUACCAGGUCCUGGGGACUAUUCAACCGGGUACUCAGUCUACCGUUCCAGGACUAAAUCAAAGGCCUUUGACUCAGAGCCGAUUGAGAUAUCGACCUCCUGCGAGAUCUUCCAGCCAACAAGGGAGACCAUCAACUUCCCACUUCUAGCGGUGACCCUCACUGAUUUGCUCUACUCGAGCAAUUUACUGUUCAACUUACGCUGACAAAUAUAACAUUAGUUGUCUAAUAA